CCAAAAAGAGAUGAAAAAUCAGGCAACACAAUGUGGUUAGAUACAAUAAUUUUGAAAAUAAAGAUGGUGCAUGUCAAUAUGGAAUGUACCUCAUAACUCAAUUUUCUGACAUAUAAUAUUAAUACUGCUUGAUUAUAGCUGAGAAAUAAUAUCUUUAUAUAGGGAAAUCUUAAACAUGCACCUUGGUUUCAGUUGUUAAUUUGCACAGCAGCUGGUGUUUUAGUGUCUAGGUUCAAGCUGACUGUAUACUACAUAAUUUAUAAAUAUCAAGAGAAGACAUGAUUUCCAAAUUAUAUAUUAAUUAUACCAUUCAAAAUUAUUUCCUUCUUUUUUAUAUCUAGGUACUGACAGUGGUCACAUCCUUUGUACUGAGCCUGAAAGAAUUUAAGUUUUCAAGCAAUAGUGUGUCGGAGAAGUUUAGAACGGCUGUUGAAAUGACUUCUAGAACAAAGUUCAUUCAGACGUGGAUAGGAGAAACAAGUCCAGGUCCUGAUGAUGAAGUAGAUGAAGUUAUAGAAUAUUCCAGAUGUAAAACUCCUGAUAAACAUGUCUCAUUUUCAACAACCCCUGUGAGUCAGAAGAAAAGGCAACUGAACAGUGAUCAAUCAGUGAGGGAUACCCCAAGGCUUGACACCAAAGAGAAUCUUCUCCAUGACUGUGUUUUGGUGCAUAUAGAUAACCUAGUACAGCCAGCUGACGAUGUGUGUGUUAGACCACUUGACUUCAAUCAUGUGAGCGUAUUAGAAAAGUCUUUCCUCAAACAACAAGGUCAGAUAUCCAUUAUGGUUGGAAGUGUCCCUGUAGGUACAGAUAUAUCUGUUCUAUCCUCACCUGGAAUGUGUGAAGUGCAAGUUUUAGGAGGUAACCAUAGCAGGACAGCACUACAGAGUUUGAAUCGUAAGGGUUUGUUGCACUCGAAACUUGUGAAGAUGCAGAUUUAUGCUGGGCUGUCUACUGAAGAUGCACUUCAACUUGGAGUUCAUCACAAUGAAGUCAAUACCCUGUCAAAAGAACUGUCAUUCAUUGAGAAAGUGAGACUAAUCCGAUCCAUGAUGCCAUGUUCCCAAAUGAGCCCAGCUGACAUAAGAGUAUGGAAAAUCAAGCUGAAGACAGUUUUUGGAUAUGAGAAAAUUAGGCAAGUUUCCCACAACCUGAAACAUCAUUUGGCGGUUGCUAGAUUGAGUGAGGAUUUAUACGAGAAAAUUCUGCAAAUAGAUGAGGCAUGGAGCAAUGGCCGUAUUCUGAAGGCAAAUAAGAAGCCGAUUGGACAGACCUUUUUCAAAGGGUGGAUGCGAGUAGAAGAUACAGAAGACCAGGUUACUUGUCUAGCUGUGUUGCUUAAUGAGGGUUACACAGCUUUCAAGAAAAAAGUGGAGGUAUUCACAAAGGUUGUUGGUGAACAAAGGGUCAGACCUCCGAUAGCUGUGUCAGAGGAUGAGCAUGAUAAUGAUGAUGAUGAUGUUAAUAUGGAGGAAGUAGACAAGGCAGAGAACAGUGCUCUGAGGGACGAGUUAAAAAGGCUUAAAGAGAACCAAAAGGAAGAGCAAGCCAGCACAGUGUUAACUAAGAAGAGGAAGCUGACAGAAGAUAUUGCUAUUGUAAAUGACACCAGUGCUGUAUCGUUUAGUGUUGGUGACAGUGUGUCUGCCCUGUGGAUUGAUAAGAAUGGGGAAGAGUGGAAUGAUGCCAAGGUUGAAAAGAUCUACACAAAUGGUGAUUACCUUGUCAGGUACUGGGACAAUGUCAAACAGAGAGUGAAAGCUUCCAGAGUGAAAGUGCUCAACACUAAAGACUAAUAUGUUUUGUGCUAAAAGUAAUUUUUGUAAUUUUU